AUGGCAUCACAUGAAGCAAAAAAUUACCUUUGGCAUGAGGGUGAAGCUGGGGUCUCUGCCAACGAGUUUGCCUCCUGCAUUGUGGAUUACCUUGAAGCACACCCCACUUACAAUGAAUUCAUCCUUUGGAGUGAUGGGUGUGGCUAUCAAAACAGAAAUCUGGUCCUGAGCAAUGCCCUCUUAAAGUUUGCUACUGAGAAAAAGAAACGUGUGUCACAGACGUACCUUGAAAGAGGUCACACACAAAUGGAAUGUGACUCUGUGCACAGUGUGAUUGAGAGGAAGUUGAGAAACCGUGACAUACAUGUUCCAGCUGAGUAUGCUGCAGUUAUUCGAGGAGCUCGUUCCAGUCCAAAACCAUACGAGGUGAAGUAUGUUGGUUACAGCUUUUUCCAAGACUUCAGCAAAGUCAACAUCUGUAAGUCAGUCCGACCUGGUAGCAAAGUUGGAGAUCCUACGGUGCAUGACCUUCGAGCAGUCAGAUACAAUGUGGAUGGCAGUAUGGAGUUUAAAUUACUACACUCUGACAACUGGCAACCCUUCACAUCCCCAUCCCUGAGGAAGACGUGUGUAAUCGUGGCCCCACUCUAUACAUCCACCGCAAAAAUUAAAGCCCUGAAGUUCAAGCACCUUCAAGAACUGAAACAUGUUUUACCCAAGGACUUUCAUCCAUUUUACAAUGCACUUGACCAUGAGUGAUGCAAUUUCACUACCUGGAUGAAUGGGCUGUCCUGACUUACUGAUUAAUUUAUUAAUUAAAUGUUCUAUUUAUUGUGUAUUGUCAUGUAAUUGUUUAUUUGCAUGUUUUAAAAUGACUUGGUCUUAUCUGUUGAAAUUUUUGGAAUUCCUAUCAGCCAAUUUUGACCAGAAAGACAUGAUUAAAAUCUUGCAU